UUGCAACUAUCUGACAUUUGAGAUUAAUACAAUGAUUAUGCGUUUCGUUUCUGAAAAUUCGAGAACAAUAUGUAAAAACAAUGAAUAUAUGAACUCCAUGAAAUAUAGCAGACCUUAGUUUGGAUCGCCAGAUUUAACAAAAUGCACGGAUGCGCUUUGUUUCUCACGAAACGUGUAUGGCUUCUCCGCUCUCUCAAUUUCUCUUUAUAUUCUAUUUCUUCUUCCUCUUCCCUUCUACUUCUCUCCACCGCUCGCUCCCAUUUUCUUUCCUCUUUUCUCCAUUCUCUCCCUCCCAUUUCUUCCAUGGCUCCCGGGAUCGAAGCUCCACAGCGUUCUAGCAAUGGGGGCUCUGUUCGUCCCGAUUCCCAUUUCUCCGAUGAUGGGGUUUCUCGAAAAUCCAAAGUUACCAUCGUUGGAAGUGGAAAUUGGGGCAGUGUUGCGGCUAAACUCAUCGCCUCUAAUGCGGCUAGGCUGAGUUCCUUCCAUGAUGAGGUUCGAAUGUGGGUGUUUGAGGAAACUUUGCCUACUGGUGAGAAGUUAACUGAUGUUAUCAAUCUCAACAAUGAGAAUGUUAAGUAUCUCCCUGGUAUAAAGCUUGGCAAGAAUGUUAUUGCAGAUCCAGACCUUGAAAAUGCAGUGAAGGAUGCUAAUAUGUUGGUGUUUGUGACACCCCACCAAUUUGUGGAGGGGAUAUGCAAGAGACUUGUGGGAAAGAUAAUGAAAGAAGUGGAAGCUAUUUCCCUCAUUAAGGGGAUGGAGAUGAAGAAGGAAGGUCCAUGCAUGAUUUCUUCCCUCAUCUCCCAGGAAUUGGGUAUCAAUUGUUGUGUUCUAAUGGGCGCUAACAUAGCAAACGAGAUUGCUGUAGAGAAGUUUAGUGAAGCAACGGUGGGAUACAGGGAGAACAUGCGGGAGAUUGCUGAAAAAUGGGUUCAACUUUUCAGUACUCCCUAUUUUGUUGUUUCACCUGUCCAAGACGUUGAAGGAGUUGAAAUGUGUGGAACCCUUAAAAACGUUGUGGCAUUAGCAGCAGGUUUUGUUGAUGGUUUGGAGAUGGGAAAUAACACAAAGGCUGCGAUAAUGAGAAUCGGUCUGAGAGAGAUGAGGAUGAUCUCCAAGCUUCUGUUUUCAUCUGUUAAGGACAGUACUUUCUUUGAGAGUUGUGGAGUUGCUGAUCUGAUUACAACGUGCUUGGGAGGAAGAAACAGGAAGGUAGCAGCAGCUUUUGCAAAGCAUGGAGGGAAGAGGUCUUUUGAUGAACUUGAGGCAGAGAUGCUGCAGGGCCAAAAAUUGCAGGGUGUCUCCACAGCAAAGGAGAUGUACGAGGUUUUAAGUCACCGUGGGUGGCUCGAGCUGUUUCCAUUGUUUGCAUCAGUCCACGAGAUCUGUAUCGGUCAUCUUUCACCAUCAGCCAUCGUCGAAUAUAGUGAGCGCAGACCCAACUUCUCUGUUAUUAAUGGCCAAGCUCAGUAGUUUUAACAAGACUGGCUCUCGCCUAUUUCAGAUGUAGUGUGUUCAUGAAGGUAGUUGCAUCGUUUUUGUACAUUGAAGAAAUUUGAGUAUUCGGUCAAUAUCUGACUGAACUUUGCUUGAUCUUUAGAAGUAAAACGCAUGGCAGGUUGGUUACAGCAGGCACAGAAUUUGAGA